AUGCCACCUGCCAUCUGCCCGAAAUGCGGGGGCUCGGAAUCGGACAGCUAUGAAAAUUCUCUCAUCUGCCUGGCCUGUGGUUGGGUGCUGGAGGAAAGCAACAUCGUCGUAGAACAGACCUUUUCCGAAAGCGCCGGUGGCAGCUCGGUUGCCGAUGGCCAGUUCGUCUCCGCAACGGGGAGCUCCUUCCGUGGCAUGCGCGGUGUGAAUCGCGAGUCGCGCGAGAUAACGCUGGAGAACGCGAAGCGGCGGAUCAGCAGCAUGGCCGGCUCGCUGGGCCUGACCGCCCACCACACCGAGUCGGCCUUCCGCCUCUUCCUCCUCGCGCUCCAGCACAACUUUGUGCGCGGCCGCAAGUCCGAGUACGUCAUCUCCUCCUGCCUCUACGUCGUCUGUCGACGAGAGAAGACCGCCCACGGAGGACGAAGCGAGGGGCCGAGGCGAGAGAUAGCGUUCGCUAACGAAGGGCAGUUUCUGCUGGUGUCAGAGAACUCGGUGGACGACCUCAACCUACGACUGCGCGCCAAGGCCAGUCCGCUCCAGAUGGAGGCCACCCGCUUCCGCCCCAACAUCAUCCUCCAGCGCACGCCGUCCCUCCCGCCCUAUGCCGAGGACGCCAUUGCCGGCAUCAUGAUCGGCAACCAGGUCUUCAAUGCCACAGGCACAUUCGACAAGGAGCCCCUGCUCACUCUCGCCUCGUACCGACGGAACAGCGGAAUGAUCAUGUUCGGCCUGCAGCUGGUGCACGACAAAGAACGAUCCCCGCAACCUCACGUCGUCAGCCUUGCCGCGCCUGUGCGCAUCCUUGAAGAAAAUUUUGACAAGAUGGAUGAGCUGCCGCCAGAGGUCUGGCAGUGCAUGUUUCAGCACCUGCUCGAGGGGGUGGGUCCCCAGCGCUCUCUGCUCGAGGCGCUAUCGUGCGCCGCCGUGUGCCGCCGUUGGCGCGCCAUGGCCCAUGCCGGGGUGGGAGGCGAGCUCGACCUCUUUCCCUGGCGCAAGGCGCUGGGCGAUGCGCAAGUGGCCCAGGUCGCGGGGCGCUUCGUCCACCUCACGGCCCUCUCUGUCUCUCGCUGCCCGGGCGUGACCGACGCCUGCCUCCACGCCAUCGCCUCCAGGUGA